CCGCCCCGUCCCUCCCUCCCCGCUCACACCUCCCCGCUCCCGCACACGCUUCCAUGGCCCCCUCGGUGCCGCCGGAGCGGGGCCCGCUGGCUCGCCUGGCCCGGGACACGCUGUGCCCGGCCUGCGGGCAGCCGCUGCGGGACCCGGUGCUGCUGCCCUGCAACCACAGCUGCUGCCGCCGCUGCCUCCGCACCGCCGGGACCCCCGCUCCCCCUCCCGGCCCCGGCGCCGCCCUCAGCUGCCCCCGGUGCCACCGCACCGCUGCCCCGCACCGGCUCCGCACCCCCGUGGCUUUGGCCGUGGAGACCCGCAUCGCGCAGCGCCUGGCCCGGGGCACCCCCGCGGCCCCCCGGCGUCCCCAGAGCCGCAGCCUGGGGGCCCAGCUCCGAGCUGACGCCGCUGCCACCACCACCCCCGGCCCCCCACCCCCUAAGGAGCCACCUGAGGGUGGGGGGACCCACCCCAAGCCGUCCCCCCCCCAUUGACACCCCAAUAAACACCGUGCCCCCCCC